UCAGAGGAGAUUGUCCUUCCCGACAUCGCCUCGGAAUACUCGGACUCGGGGGACGAGACGGACGACUCGCCCGCCUUCAAGCGACCUCAAUGGGCCGAGAGUCCCGAACUGCGCGCGGCGCUCGCAGCGCAAGCUAGCAAGAAUCCGGAUGAGCUCUUUGGGCCGAUCCGACCAUUAUCGAUGGAGGAGCUGUUCAAGGCGCAAAAGGGCAAGUUUAGGAGUCGGACGAGUUCAGGGAACUGGCAGCGGGAUGGAUUGAAGAAGGAGGAGGAGGAAGAGUAUGCGAGGAGGAUGGGUUUCACGACGGGGACGGGGAAG